AUUAAACGGCAGAGAUUCGCCGAAGUAAUUACGGAACAGCAUUAAAUCGUCUUCCACUAAAUACGAAGGAUUUGCGUAUACGUGCGAAUGUACACGCGCGCGUAUACACAAGCGCACGAGUUUGUAGAACCGUCCCGUUGGAUACGAGCGAUACGCAAUCUAUCGAUAUUGAUAUAUACAGUGCGCGUGGAUGCGUCAGCAGCUCAUAAAAUCUGAUACGUAACGUAAGCGUUCCGCCGGGUCGAAGCUUCGAGCCGAUAUUUCGCGGGGGAAUAAGAUUUAUUCGAGUGACGAGUGAUAGAAAUUUUUGGAGUGCCGGUGAGCGAGUGUUGUUCUCGGAAGCGGAUCGAAGUAGAGUGCCCCGCAAUAGUCGAAUUUAGCCGUCCAGGGAAGAACAGUUGGCCGCUCCACUGGGGAGGAUCGAUGGUCGCGAGAAAACGAUCGCGCGGUGUCUCAAUUGAGGAGGGAAGCGAAAAAUAAGGAGACGCGAAGUGUCAUGAGUGCUCGAGCGCGGUGCGUCGAGAAGUGAUCGAUCACAGAGGCUCGGGGAUGCUGCGACGCCUCCGAAGAUUCUGAUGAUCGAUUUAUUAAAGGCUAAAAAACAAUCACAUUUUUUCCGUCUAUAAAUAUCUACGAGUUUGUGUGUGUGCGCGCGCUUGUGCCUCUCGAUGAAAUGAUAGAAGCGUGAGCCGUGUAUCAAGGAGCACAAGAUUACCGUCCAUCUCGUCGCAGUCUCAGUGAAACAUCGAUCAAUUGUUCGCGCCAAUAAAAUCGAAGCGAUAUUACACUUGCGGAUGGAGGAAAACGAAUCGUCGCGCGGCUCAGUGAUUUUUCUGGACGCUUUCGCGGUCGCCCUGCCUACGAGGAGGAACACUACGCAAAUAAAUACGAAAAUAAGUGUGAAGCGAUGAGAAAAGAGAUAAAAUGUGAAAAAUACGAUCGGAGAAUCUGGCGAGGAACAGCCGGCCUCGAAUAGUUUUCAGUCCUUCCUCCAUCCUCGGGACCGUCGUCAUAAAUUGUUUGUUCGAGCGUUCGAUGACCGGCCUGCAAGAUUUGGUGCAUACCGAGCGCCCGUGAAAAAAUCGUCGUCGGCCGCGCGGGCGAAGAAUCCUCGGACGCCGCGACGACGACACCGACGACCAUUGCCCACGUUAUUUCGGGUUCAACCUCUUGCCAAAAUUCUGGCAACUCAAUCGGUAAUGUAACCACGACAUCGUCCACCAAUUAUAUUUCGAAUAAAAAUAUUGCCUCGACGAGCGCAAUCACGACGGCGACAAGCUUGAGCGCAAUGCUGCGCUCGCCGGCCAGGGGUGCGGUCGCUUUGUUGCACGACUUAUCGUCCUCGACAACAGCAUCGGCACCCACGACGCCCGUGCAUCAUUCGUCCUCCGGUAAUUCGAGCGGCAGCGGUUCCGCCUCGUCGCGACUUUCUCUUCUCGAUACCUGUCACAGGAAGAUUCGCUUCUUUGGAGAAUUGGUCGCAAAAGCCCGACGAAAGGAAAAGGAUGCCGGUACAACGGAAGACCCAAAAUUGUAUCUGGAGGAAGCCGCUCUCGAACGACAGCUGCCAGAACUCGAUCUGAGAAUGCUCGUCGACCUUCCACCCGGACUCGACUACAACGAGUGGCUAGCCUCUCAUACGCUCGCACUUUUCAACCACAUAAAUCUCUUUUACGGCACUAUAUCCGAGUUUUGUACCUCGACGGGAUGUCCGGAUAUGACGGGUCCUGGCUUAAGAACAUAUUUGUGGUUCGACGAAAAGGGAAAGAAAACGAGAGUGGCUGCGCCACAGUACAUAGACUACGUCAUGACAUUUACGCAACGCACCGUCAGUGACGAAACUAUAUUUCCUACUAAAUAUGCAAACGAGUUUCCGAGUUCGUUUGAAUCAAUAGUGCGUAAGAUUCUGCGGCUACUGUACCAUGUAGUGGCACACAUUUACCACUGCCACUUCAGAGAGGUGGCACUUUUGGGGCUUCAUGCUCACCUCAAUUGUGUCUUCGCUCAUCUCACGCUCCUUAAUCAACGCUUCAACCUUAUCGAUCCCAAGGAAACGGAGAUCCUCGGUGAUUUGGAAGCCGCUCUAUUAGGUGACUCAGCAUCCGCGCUUUCGCAAAAUCCAGCUGUCCAGGAGACGCCGACGACAACAAACACCUAAAAAGCCGAGGGGGCGAUGCGGUAUAAAUGAGAGGUUGCAGUUCCUGAGACUAGGUGAUGUUAGGCGGUUUGUUGAAUUAUUAUUUUAUUUUUCCAAGUAGCGCAUACGCGAUUGAUCAGAGGAGUUUUAGUCUCUCCAAGAGCGAAGGAAAAGGGAGUGACGAUUCUGUAAAAAAAAAAAAAAAAAAUAACAAAAGAACGAAGUAAACAAAAACCGCGAAAAAACGUGAAGAUGAUGCAAAAGCGAAAGAUUACAAGAGACGAAACCAAGUAGUACCUGUACAUAGCGAAGUGUGAACAACUACAUGAUGUAAUUAGGUUCCUCCGUUUGUUGUUUGUGAGAUUGUACAUAAUUUAUUAAAUGGUAUAAGAUAUACGAGAGAGAUGAAGGAUGCAUUAUUGGUUAUCAAUUGACAAAGUUAGUUGCUACGAAGAGAGAUUAUUUGGUCUGUAUAAAAUGGGGGGAAAAAAAAACAAAACAAAAACAAAUAUAAGAAAAUACUAAAAAGAAAUGAAACAAAGAAUGAAACAAUAAUGAUAUUGUAAAGUUGAAAUAAAACCAAAUAUAUACCUGGUGUUAAUAAAA